AGUUCAUUUCUUUACCAAUAGAUUUAGUGAUUUGCAAUGGCAAGCAAUCGUAAAUAGGGCACCUUAUCCUGCUUUCUUCACAGAUUCCUGAGGUCAAGGCAUUUUCGCUUCCCUUUGGGCCAUGCCCAAAAGCCAGAGACCGUAAUGAAGCGGGAACUAAGACGAAGACAUAUCUUACUUCCUCCGCGGACAAAAGGCCAACCCGUCGCUCUAUUUCGGAUGUUGUGCGAGUUGUAUGUACCUACUUUGUAUGCAGUACAGUUAAGCACGCUAUCGAACCCUCCCAGACCUGCCUUCUUGAGUCAACGGAUCAGUCUGGAUCGAAGUUAGAAUUUGUGUUCCCGUCUUCGUUUGAAGUGUGGGACUGAAACAGAAGUGAUCCAAGAGUCCGGAGAAAAAGUGUGAGAGGCAUUAGCUAAUGGCAUGACCCCUCGAGGACGUUCUUUAGACUGAGUUGUCACUUCAGCCCAGGUUGCCUCUCUGGCAUGGAACCAGUGGAUGAGAAAGGUGAAUUUAGUGAUUGUUCAGCUCCUUCAACACCCGAAAUUGGGCUGGGGAGUGGUUCUCCGCCCUUUCAUGUGCCUUCGCCCAGACUUCUGCGGUUCAAAUCAGUGAGAACAAAGCCCAAAUCCUUUUCAGCUUGGAAAGAGAGUGUUCGAAGUGCGUGUUCAGAUGAUGAUCUCGAGAUUCUCGUGAGAGGGUGCUAUCUCUGGAAGAUCAGAAAGAAAACGUUCCAAGGCAUCACUUGCUAUCGACGACGGUUCUACCUGAAUCUGGACACUCUUUCCGUUGAAUAUGUGUCCGAACCUAGGCGAUUCUCCCUCACCUUUGCCAAGGACACUAAUCUCCUUUCGUCGUCUCCUGCGGUGGAAAUGCCCGCCACACCUCCGAUCGUGAUUCCCGAUUCGGAUUCGAAACAUUCCAUUGAUAUCGCAAAUAUCGUCGAAGUUCGCCGAGGCUUCGCCACGGAUACGUUCAAUGUCGUUGAAAAGAAGGCUCACACAUUCAAGGCCCUGGCUACAUGUUUGAAGGCUGAGAACUGUUUCUCGCUCAUCUUCGAUUCCCAUUACCGCACACCUUCAUUGGAUCUGGUGGCCGAAGACCAAAAGAUUUGCAACAGUUGGGUGGCGAACAUCAGCCGGAUCAUCAAUGCCACGAAGAGCAUCGAGAUCCAGAAGGAUUAUGAGCUCUAUCUUCGCAAUCAGUUCCACACGGCUGAUGAGAAUCACAAUGGGAAUCUCACCCUGAACGAGUUCUCGGGGCUCCUCCAGCAGCUCAACAUCAACCUCACCGAGAAGGAGAUCUGUGCCAUUUUCGAUGAGGUCAACACCAAUCGAACGGAAAUCGAUGGCGAACAAGUGAUUGAUGAGCAAGAGUUCCUCGAGUUCUAUCACAACCUACUGGAGCGAGACGAACUCAUCGAGAUAUUUCAAAACUAUAGCUAUUGCUACGACGGACUAGCGAUGACCUUGUCAGAGUUGAAAAAAUUUCUGGAGAUUGAACAACACUGUGUAGCUGAUGACGAAGAAUGCCGUCAAAUCAUUAAUGAGUUUGAGCCUUGCGGCUCCCGCAGAAGUCGCCUGCUUCUCAGUCCCGAGGGGUUCUCUCGGUUUUUUAUGUUUUCAGAUUCCAAUGACCUUAUCGACCAUUCCAAGAUAGAACACGUUUAUCAGAACAUGAAUCACUCCCUAUCUCAUUACUUCAUUUCCACAUCUCACAAUACCUACUUAGUAGGAAAUCAAGUGACUUCGGAGAGCAGCAUCGAUGGAUACAUCCGUGCUCUCAAGGCCGGAUGCCGAUGCGUCGAACUAGAUUGCUGGGAUGGACCACGGAGUGAACCCAUUAUUUAUCACGGAUGGACGCUGACAUCCAAGCUCGACUUCAAGGAGGUUCUGAUUGAUGCUGUCAGGCCAUACGCCUUUUACUCGUCCGAGUACCCUCUCAUUCUGUCCAUUGAAAACCAUUGUUCCAAGAAGCAACAGGAGAAGAUGGCAGAACAUCUCACCGCUAUUCUGGGAGACAUGCUCUAUGUGCAAGAAGUGGAUCGAACGCGCACUCAUCUCCCUUCGCCCAAUGAGCUUAAGCGGAAAAUACUGAUCAAGGCCAAAAAGAUCCAGAGCCCCAAUUCAAUGAACCAACAGCACUUUGAGUGUCCCGAGCAGCAUGUCCAAACCCUUCCUUCCAUUCUGUACAGUAAUCCCCUUCACCAGCAUUAUUCCAAGCGAAAACACUCGGAUUCGGUGGGAUCUGUAGACACCGUGUCCAAGCGAUUUUCCGACCUGGUCAAUUACAUGGAGUCCACGAAGUUCAGAGGAUUUGAGGUGCCACGGCGUUAUUGGGAGAUGAGCUCUUUCGAAGAGAGCAAAGCCGUCCAAGUGGCUGCUUCCUCCCCGGAGAAGUUUGUCAAUUACAACCGCCGCAACUUGAGCCGGAUUUAUCCACGAGGAACGAGGCUUUUUUCCUCUAAUUUUGAUCCCCUGCCACUUUGGCUCGUGGGUUGUCAAAUGGUGGCCCUCAACUAUCAGGCCAAGGAUCGAAGGCUGAUGUUCAAUCGUGCCAUGUUCCGACAGAAUGGCCGAUGUGGAUACAUCUUGAAGCCCACUUCAUUACGAGAUGGAAAGUCGAGUCCAGAUCCCAAAGUUUUACAGAUUAAGAUCAUCAGUGGGCAGCACUUGCCAAAAUCCGAGCAACGCAUUAAAGGAGAUAUAAUUGAGCCUUACGUGAAGGUCCGAGUCCGGGGCUAUCCCGAGGACGAGGCUGAAUAUGUUACAAAAGUGAUACCAAAGAAUGGGUUCAAUCCAGUUUGGGCUGAGGUGGCCAAAUUUCACAUUCGACAUCCAGACUUUGCUUUCAUCGAAUUCCGCGUAAAGAACCACGUGGACAGUUCCACUUCUCCGGAUGAAUAUCUAGCCUCUUAUGUGAUCCCUGUGGACUUGAUGCGACAAGGUUUCCGGCAUGUCCAAUUAGUUAAUCUGGCAGGGAUUCGCCUCACUCCCGCCACCCUGUUCGUACACGUGGAAAUUUCGCCGGUUGAGAACAAGAGGAAAAAUAACGCAACUCCCCCCACACAACCGCUUUAAAUAAAAGAGCCUUAUUGUUUGAAUGGGCUAUUGCUCAAGGAUGUCUUCAAAAUGAAAUAAAUUUACCACCCUUUUUCAAGCUGA